CGAUUAUCCCUUGAGAUCUUGCAUGCCGUUCUCGAGUUGGUCAUACUCUAUGUGGGAGGCGAAAGAUGGUUACAUUCUGAGCCCCGGUAUCAUAGCGUUGUGCUAGUCUGCAGAGACUGGGCAGAAAUUGCUUCGAACAUUUGGUGGAAGACACGUCGAUAUCUCGUACCCGAAGCUGAAGCUCCCCUUGCAACUCUCGCGAGACUACCUCUCAAGCGUCAACAGUGGUAUGCGAAUAAGAUCCAGCAUCUAAAUUUGAAUGAAACCAACGCUCGGGAUUUCAUCGUUGCACUCGAACUCGACUUUCCAUUUCUGAGGACUCUGGAAGUUACACGCUGGUCAGACUACGAAGUUGGCUUUGUUUGUCUGGCCUCUCAGUCCAUACGGCGAAGUCUGCUUGAGCUGAAACUGACGCGUACAUAUCGGACGGACGACAUUUUGACAGGACUGCUCAACGCUCCCAACCUUCGCACUCUCGAGUUGUGGUGUGAAAGUUCGGACGCGACAUCGGAUAAAGUCUUGAAUGUUAUGGAAACAUGCUUCCAGCUUCGAGCUCUGGAGCUCACCUUCAGUAUCGGGGCCCUAAUCACCAAGGAUGUUCUUGCUGCAAUCGCUUCCCUACCUAUUACUCACCUGAAGCUGGGAGAAUUUCAUUCAACAGCGAUCGACCUGCUCGGCGGGAUUGUCACGCUGACAUCUUUGUCGCUUGGUGUCAUUGGUACCGCGCCCAUCUUUCGAAUACUGGCUACUCUUCGCAAUCUUCAAAAUCUCAAGUUAUGCUUUCGUGAUGCAGUGGCUAUCGAAUACUCAGAACGGAAAUGCUUGGCAAGAUUGAAAGAGCUACACAGCAUCAGUAUCUUUUCGUGGGACGGAUUUGGUUUCUCGCAGGUUGACCUGUCAUCGAUUACACUGGACGAAUUCACAUCUUUCUUCCACGCACUGCCACGACUGAGCUGCUUCAGGAUCAACGCCGCAAUCUCAAAUACUGCUCAAUUGUAUAUCAAAGCUGAAGAGAUGUGUAGGAGCAUCGAGUCGCUUGGUCUCCGUGGACAAUUUGAUAGCGAAUUGUUUCUCAAGUCUCACACUGGUAAUGUUCUUGUGUAUCCAAUGCUAGAAUCGCUUUGGGUACAUCAGUUUAUCGAGCCUCAAGACAAACGCACAUGGGACGAACGAGUCCACAACGCAGCACUUGAGCUCCACAAAGCUGCACGCGAGCUUUGGGUUCUACAUGGUGGAACGCAGAGAGAUGAAGGAUACGGAGAUGAUGGUCUCGGUCCCUUUGUGACAGAGAGAGACGACUUUACAGCUUGCGUCGAGGCGCGUCACAGGUCGAUACGAGAACAAGAAAGGAGAAAGUAUUUGGAUGAGAAGUACGGUAAGAACAGGCGCAGUGGAAUGCCAAUCGGUACAUAUGUUUAG